CAGCUGUGCGGGCAGGGCGAGGGAGGGGAGGAAGGGGCAGGAGGGAGGAGGGAAAAGGGAAGGCGGAGACGGGGCCAGCCCGAGGAAAUCAAGCGGCCCCGACAUGAAUUAGGCAGCGGCUGCAGAGGGGAGGGCCCCCUCCCCCGCUCGCUCGCUGGUCCCGCACGGCGCCGGCAGGAGCAGCGCCGCCCCGCUCGGAGCGGCGGCUCGGGGCGCGCACGCACGCACGGACCGGCGGCGGCCGGCGGGAGGGCGGGGGGGCCGGCAGAUGAAGAUGGCAAUGUCUGUGAUCCAAGCGUGCCGCAGCCUGGCGCUCUCAACAUGGCUGCUGUCCUUUUGUUUCGUGCAUCUGCUGUGCCUGGACUUCACCGUGGCCGAGAAGGAGGAGUGGUACACGGCCUUCGUCAACAUCACCUACGCCGACCCGGCAGCUGGCAGCGCCGAGCUCCGCAGCGAGAAGAGCGAGUGCGGGCGCUACGGCGAGCAGUCGCCCAAGCAGGACGCCCGCGGGCAGGUGGCCCUCUCUGCCUCGCCCGCCGACCGCUACGCCUGCGACCCCGGCACCCGCUUCAACGCCCCGGCACCGGGCAAGAGCUGGGUGGCCCUGAUCCCGCGGGGAAACUGCACCUACAAGGACAAGAUCCGCCACGCCGCCGCCCAGAACGCCUCCGCCGUCGUCAUCUAUAACGUGGGCUCCAGCAACGCCAACGAGACCAUCACAAUGCCCCACGCAGGCUUAGAAGAUGUUGUAGCAAUAAUGAUUCCUGAACCCAAAGGAAAAGAGAUAGUGAGCCUCCUGGAGAGGAACAUUACUGUGAUGAUGUACAUAACCAUCGGGACACGCAACCUGCAGAAGUACGUCAGCAGGACCUCAGUGGUGUUCGUCUCCAUCUCCUUCAUUGUGUUGAUGAUCAUCUCCUUGGCAUGGCUGGUCUUCUACUACAUCCAGAGAUUCCGCUACGCAAAUGCCAGAGACAGAAAUCAGCGCCGGCUUGGAGAUGCUGCGAAGAAAGCAAUCAGCAAGCUGCAAGUCAGGACCAUCAGGAAAGGUGACAAGGAGACUGAGCCAGACUUUGAUAACUGUGCUGUUUGUAUCGAAGGCUACAAGCCCAAUGAUGUUGUCAGGAUAUUGCCUUGCAGGCAUCUUUUCCACAAGUCCUGUGUAGACCCCUGGCUGCUAGACCAUCGUACCUGCCCGAUGUGUAAAAUGAAUAUUCUAAAAGCUCUAGGGAUUCCGCCAAAUGCAGAUUGCAUGGAUGAUAUACCUCCGGACUUAGAAGCAUCCAUAGGAGGACCACCGACCAACCAGAUCACAGGAGCCAGUGACAUUACAGUGAACGAGAGCUCGGUGGCCCUGGACCCCCCGGCCCGGCCCGUGGGAGCGCUGCAGGUCAUCCAAGACGUGGGCUCCUUUCCCCAGGCUGGCGAGGGUAACUUCACAACAAGCAAUGACCAGGAGCCAGCAGUCAGCAGUGAUUCAGAUAUUUCGUUAAUUAUGGCGAUGGAGGUUGGACUCUCCGAUGUGGAGCUUUCCACUGAUCAAGACUGCGAAGAGGUGAAAUCUUGAAAAACAGAGAUCCCACACUAAACUGCAGGGGAGUGUCACAGUUCUACCUGCAGGUUCACUCAGGGAAGAUGUUGUUCCAUCCCUGUCCUCAAGCAUUCUGCAGCUCUGAGCACUGUUAAGCGAUGAUGAGGGCAAAGCUGGGUUACACAUCACUGAAGCCUGAACUUAGGAAAGCACUUAGGUAAAUGUUUUAUUCCAUCCUUCUUCAAAGAAACACAAUUAAUUUUGGACUUGUAUCAAAAUUGCAUUAUUUUGAACAAGUCUUCUAUGAGCAUAAUUAAGCGCCUGUGUCAAAAAGAAAUGUUUUUCUGAAGCUUGACCUGACUGACAAUAUAUAACCCGUGAACUACCUUGGGAAUUUGAGGUGCUUCAUAAACAUUAAGACCCCCUGGCAUGUGUUUGUAACAUGUAUGAAAGCCUUAAUUCUGUAUAUCUGUGUGCCCAUGCACACCUUGGUACUGCUGCCCACUAAGCCUGGGCAUUAAGUAGGUGGGGCUUAGCUGCUGGGGAUGCAGUACUGGCUGUUCAGAAGGGAGAGCAGCCUUUAGCAUGCAGCCAGGAAAGAGAAAAAUCCUCUAGAGCCCUCUGACAAGCAAGUGUUCAUGGAUAUAAUUCUGCAGGCUGGCACCAUGACUGAGUGGGGGGCACCUCCUGCACAGGGGCAGUGGCCAGGGGAUUGUGUGGCUCCCAGGAAAAGGCACUCUUUUCAUUGAGUUGGUCCUGUACUUCUCCCAGCAAUUCCUGUCUUGUCAUCUGAAGCACUUGUCCAUGAGCAAGUGGUAGGUGGGAGAAACAUUUGCCUUAGUGAGGCUCAUCAUCACUCAGGCUGGGUUGCAGGAUAAAACCUGGUGAGACAGAAACUGUACUCAGAGAAUACUUGGAUUUUUGGGUUUCACUAAGGUGCCUUCCCAAAGGUCUGUUCAAUAGGUCCAAAGGUCUGUUCAAUAGGUAGGAUGCAUAUGCAUAGGCAGAAUUUUGCACUCACAAACGACCUGAUGUGUGCAUGCAGAUGUGCAAGGCACCAGGUCUACAUCCCUUCCCCACAGCUCACCUAUUCUGGUGAGGAUACAGAUCUGGCACUUACUGAGAGUUUGGGGUUUUUUUAUUUUCUGACUGCUUUAAAGCCCUAAAACCAGGAUCAGGACUAUCAUAGCACUGCAGUUCACUCUUUAAGCACUCUAUAGAAUUAACUUGACAUGUAUGCAUAUGAAAGUGCAUUGAUGUGAGUAUGGAAACUGUACUGUUGUGAAAUCAGAAGCAGUUGUCAUUUUUAGGCAUUUUAUUUGAGGUAGAUUGUGUCACAAAGAAAAAGGUUUUAUAGAGGCAAUUUGGAAAAAGAAAUUACUGAAAUCACAUAUGAUAAGUGGUCCUUGGAUCUCACUAAGGACCCUUGGAUCAAAUCCCAAGGAAGUCAUUGCAAAAAGUUGUUGGGGUGCAUCAUUUUGCAGGACUAAAAUGGCAGAGAAAUCCACCCUAUUCCUUCCCAGCCCAUCUCACAAGUGUUUGUCCAAGGGUGAGCCUUUGUUGCAGGGAAAGGAGAUCAUGGGAUCAAACCUGCUGCUUCCUUUCCUGUGUUUUGUGCUGCCAGUAUCUCUCAGAGCAGGUUGGAGAAGGGAAGAGAUCUUGCCCAAGUUCAUCUCCAGGGCCCCAUGAGAAACAGGCCAGGGGCUUUCAGCAGGCUGGGACAGCCAAGCUUCUUCAUGGCUGGUGCUGACCCUGGCACUGGAACUUUGUUGAUGAGCACUGAGCCCAUGUGGACUCAUCUGUUUUGUAGCUGCAAAAACGUGUGAGUGUAUUUGGGGCAGCAGCAUGGCAGUGAAUGGGUUUGGUUAGAGUAAGCAGGGGACACAACGGGGACUGGUUUAGGGCUGAGAGAAAAUGGGGCUGGAGGUGUUUCUUUCACAGGAUUCUUAAACAGGGGGAAUUGAUCCAAAAUAAGAACUGCUUUCAUUUUACCAAGCUGUAACCUGAACUAAUUGAUAGUUUCAGAGAAUGAGGGAUGUCAGAUGGACUGUUCAGGGAGGAUUUGUUUGUGAAGCAGAUGGCAGCUGCAGGUUGGGGCAGGGAGUGAGGGUGAGGGCUGCCCCUUUGCCGUGUCACUUACCCCACUGGGCUGGACACCCUCUUGGCCUCUUUAUCUGCCCAUUUCUUUUUCAAGGAAACACCCUUCUAAGCGGGAGCUGUAUUUCAAAGGGAGAAAUAAAGAAAUGAAAGAUGUGGAUUUUGAAUGAAAAGCCAAUGGAUGAUUUUUCCAUCUGAAAUUAAUCUUCUCUCUCUCAAACAUUUUAAUUGUGAAUUGGUGGAAGUUACUUCUUUCUGUAGUGAAUGGAAAAAGAAAAAAAGAAGGGGAAAAAAAAGUAGUAAUAGUCUUUUCCCUUUCUUGUGUAUUUCUUGAUUCUUGGUCCUGAGUAGCAUUAAACAUAACAGCCCGAUCAAGAUGCUUGUUUGCUCUGAAUGUAUACAGUUAUUUCAGAUGUCAAAUAUCUAAAUGUUUUAUAUGUGUAUGUAAUGCCAUCCUCAACACUUGUUUCAUGUUAGGAACCUGAAAUGACUGUACCAUUUUAUAAUUAGAUAUGUAAAGAGGGGACAGUGGGUGGGAGGGUCUGUUAUUUUUAUACCAAGAUGUUCCUUGUAUUUAGUGAACAUUUAAAAUGGUUUUGUACUUGUCAAAAUAUACAUUCCGUCCAUUUCCAGAAGAGAAUUAUUUCUAUUUAGAGUAGUUUAUAAGCAAACCAAAAUAAAAAGGUGACAUCCCACUUAUAUGCAGUUCCUGAACAAAGCAUCAGGAUCCUGGUUUUCAAUGAUGGCUACAAAGCUUUUUCCAGCCAUGUCUCUUCUCACAUGCAGCAGAGCCAUACCAGCAAAUGCCAGUGUUAUAAAGGGAAUUCAAAUCCCAGACGAAAUAAAUACCACAUGGAUCAGUGCACAGCUUAACAAAAUAACUUCAUUAAAUUCAGAGACAAUGGUCUGUCCCAGUGAAAUUCUCCAAAGUAAUCAGUCCUGCUCUGGGCAGCAGGGGCAGAUUUACUGGGAGGCUUCAGUUCUCUGUCCCUUGCCUGGCAGAGCCACCAGCCUCAACAAGCUGGGGGGAUGCAGGGUUGUUAUACUCCUGCACUGUGGCUCUGGCUAUGCUGCAGCUUUGGUUUGGGAAACACCUACCAAAAGGUCAUGGCAAAGUCAUACUGUGGCAUUUUUGGGAAUGGAUGGCAUGGGCCAUCCUUUUUCUUGUAGUUGGCUUUUUCAUUCCCUCCCUUUCCCCGCUACCUGUGACGUGCUGCCAAAGCUGUGCAGUAGUAGUUUGUGAAGAUUUGUUUUUUGCCUUUUUUCCCUUCUGUACAAUCUUGCAUAUAAACUUUUAACUCUUUGCUGACAUUUUAUAACAUAGACAUCUUCCUCUCCAAUGCACUUUAUCUCUCUUGAAAAAUGUGGGAGUCGGAGAACUACCAUCUGAAAGGGAUUUGCCUGAAAUCAUGAGACACAUACUUUUUAUUGUUUUCUGUCCUUUUUGCUUUGUUAGAUACUGUAAAUGCUAAAGAGCAUAGACAGUGACUCAGCUGGGGGAAAGGGGGAAAUACCAAAAUGUUGAGGCUAAUAUUUGGAAGCAUUAAUCAGUAGUCCAAUAUGGCUAUUUUUGUUAUAUAAAGGAUUAUAAUGUAAAUAUGUGAGACUGUGUUAUUACGUACUAGUAAAAUAUUGCAACUCUCAAAGUUGAGAUGGUGAAUUCCAAGGAAUUUUAUUGCAAGUUUUUUAAUAAAACGAAUCUGAUUAUUG